AUGCCCGAAAAUUCUGAGCCAGUUGCAGUACAAGAAGCUUUAACGAAAGAAACAGGCAAUUUGCUGUUUCAUCAAAUUCGUCAGAAAGAAAGCAAAGAUAUAUUUGCUGAUUACAUAAUACUCAUUAAAACAGUUUCUUUAAAGAAUUUUACGCCAGCUGAUAAGGAGGUUCAUAAAAAAAAACUAGAGAAAACAUGCAGAACAGUCUUGACAAGGUUGCAACAGGCUGGUCUUCGAGCUGAAAUUCGCAGAGGUUCUGAUAACUUUAUUUUUGUGUUCGUUAUUUGUGAAUUACAGAGGUUAAAUAGAGAGGUCGAAAUAUCAAGGAUUUACGACUGGUUUGCGGGUGUUCGGAAAAGAGACAUUCAGGAUGAUGAGGAGGAAAGUAACGAACCUUUAUCAGAUUCUGAACGAUUACGCCUAGUAUACGAAAUCAUAACGAAUCCUCCUCAAGAAGGAGGCGCUGGUAUUAAUCCUGGACUUGGUGAUUUUGAUUUUGUCGAAAGUAUAUUACCUCUUCAUGAUGACGAAUAUAAUGAGGACUGGAUAAAGACUUGGUCAACUAAAUGGAUAAUCGAUAAAGAAGACCUACUCAGAUUGAGAAAUCAUUUUGGAGAAAAGAUCGCAUAUUAUUUCGCUUUUCUUCAAUAUUAUUGUGUUUGGCUUAUCGCGCCAUCAGUUGUCGGAAUAUUAACUUGGUUAUUUUUAUCCGAAUAUUCCAUCUUCUUUGGAGUCUUUAUCGUUCUGUGGUCCGUAAUAUUCACAGAGUUUUGGCGACGAAAAGAGUAUGAAUUUGCUAUUUUAUGGGGAGUUCAUAAUUACUCUCAGGUUGAACGUCGUCGUCCAACUUUCCAGGAAGAACGUUACGUUUCGGAUCCCGUAACCGGCGAAAUGAAACCAUAUUUUUCUCCAUGGAAAAGAUGGUUACGAAGAGCUGUCGCGGCUCCUAUAAUUAUCAUGUUCAGUUUGACAUUAGCGAUGGCAUUACUUUUCUAUUAUUUAUUUGAAGUUUUAAUGUCCGAGUAUUAUGAUGGACCAUUCAGAGAACAGUUGAUAUAUCUACCGACUGUAGCGUAUUGUGCUCUAGUUCCUACUCUUAACAUGUUUUACGCAAAGAUUGCGCGACGUCUCAACGAAUAUGAGAAUUAUGAGACAGAGUCCUAUUAUGAAUUUAACCUCACUCAAAAGAUCUUCAUAUCAAAUUUCCUCAUAGGCUAUCUAUCAAUAUUCUUUAUUGGCUGGAUUUAUAUUCCCUUCAAUGAUGAAAUUGGGCAAUACUUUCAGAGUUUCUUUGAAAUCUUUGGAUUAACACUUAAAAUUAAGCAUGUUGGACCAGAAAGAUUAAUGAAUGAAUUGAAAUAUUUUGUUUUGACCGCCCAAAUUAUGAGUCUUCUUAUGGAAAUUGGAUUACCAUAUUUACUACGAGCCGGAGCGGUUGGGGUUAAGAAAAUUCAACGAAAUACCACCAAAGAUGGCGCAAGGAAUGAAGAUGAAUCUGCAUUUUUGAAGAGAGUUAGAAAAGAAGCGAAAUUGCCCGUGUAUGAUAUAUAUGAGGACUAUUCUGAAAUGAUCACUCAGUUUGGUUAUGUAAGUUUAUUUUCAGUCAUAUGGCCGUUAACACCUGUAGCGGCACUUAUCAAUAAUUGGGUAGAAUUACGUUCUGAUGCCAUUAAAUUAUGUGUACAUACUCGACGACCAAUUCCAUGUCGUGCUGAUAGCAUUGGUCCAUGGUUGGAAAACUUGUCGUUACUCAUCUGGCUAUCAGCGAUAACAAAUCCAUCUUUGCUUUAUUUAUAUCAUCCAACCUCAAACGCGUUCUCUUCUGCUUCAUUAAUUGUCAUAAUGGCACUUAUAUUUUGUGCUGAGCAUCUUCUCAGUCUUAUUCAUUAUCUUGUAAAACAAAUGAUGUUAGCAAUCCCAAGUCCAGCAGAUGACUAUAUUAAAAAACAAGAAUAUGAGGCUAAGAAAUGGUUACUGGAAAAAAAAGCAGGAAAAUCUCCAGUUAGAUCUAGAUCACAAAGUAUUGAUACUCUCAACAUGCAGGGAACUGUAGAUUAUUCCUCAGAACUUGAAGUAUCUCUUCGCUAUGCUAUUCAUGACUAUAAGUCCGAAUGA